AUGGGAAAAUCUCCAGGGCAGCACUUAGCAUCUUGUUUUUGUCAUAAGAACUCCCACUGCACCUGCCCUGUCAAAGAAAAGAAAUCUUCUGCGGCUAUUAAGAAGGAGAAGAAAAUUGCCGAAAGCAUUUCAAAUGUUGGCUUCGAAAAGGAUGUAUUCGGAGAGGAGAAGCACUUGGAACCACCAGGUUCUGCCAUAGGUGCGAAUUACCUAGUCGAAGAUGUGGUGAUGCCUUUUGACACAGAGCAAGGACUUUUGGGCUAUUUCUCAAAUCAACUGCAAGAUCAAUCUGAAAGUGAUCAAUACAGCGCGGGAAGCAUGAAUGCGAGAGGCAAUUACAGAUCUAUCGACGGUUUGUUUGAUAGCAAGCCCUUACAUCCACAGCAACUUCAAGCGCUCAAUCAAUUUCCAAAUCCUCCAUCUGACUCUGACUUGGAUAUCGUUGAAAAUAUGUUUCCUCUUUUUCCCCUAGUCGGAAACUGUUCAUUUGACGAUAGCAAGUCUUUACCAUUACUGCCAUUGCCGAAUUCCGAUAAUCCACUCGGCAAUAACGGCACAAGACCACCACAGGACUCGAAAGGUCACCGUUCGAAAGAUGAUGACAGACUGUUUGUUGCCACCAGAAUGAACUCAAGUAGUAGUUCAAGUAACUUUCACGGGAACCCUUCGCUCGUGCAUUCUAGUAUUGGAAUUAGUCACCAGUCAACCACAUCUCUCCCGGGUAUGACUACCGCUGGUCAUACUCAACAUCCUCGACCUUUGAAGGCUUCUGCGUCUACAUCGUUUGGCAAUGUUGGCAUUAGUCAACAAUCAUCUCGUCCAAGAAGACCAGAGAGCGUCUUAUCGAUUGCAUCAACAUCGUCAAACACAAGCAAGCAAAACUUGUUUGAAGCAUCGGCUACUACACACCAUAAUUUACCAAAACUGGCAAGUUCAGGAGCAUUUCCUCCGUUCCACUUGUCAGAGAACAAUUCCACAGACGACUUCAACCACCCUUAUUACGAGUCAUCAAGCCUAUUUAAUGAUGCGCAGCUGCUCUCUAUUUUGAGUGAUUACGAUGAUACUUCUCGUAUUGGCCAUGGGAAUGUCACUCCUCAAUCUUCCUUGCCUUCGAGACAACCGCUGCAAACGAGGCGAAAGACUUCUUUAUCGAGAUCUCACUCACAAUUGCACCACAACCAGAACAGCAAUUUGAUGAACAAAGAACAUCCAUUGUUGCCUUUAAAGUCUGCAUCAUCUUCUGAAAGUUCUCCCCAUCAAUCUCAAAGCUUUUUUUCUCCAGCUUUGGAGCAAGGUGCUCAAUUUAAAAACAUCAAUGGGGAACCUCAACUAAGGAAAGUCACAGAGGAAACUUCAAACUCGUCAAUAUCGGCUCUAAAUAAUCAGAUGGGCAUUUCAAUGGAUCACAUACUGUCUCCAUUGGAAAACAGCUCGCAUUUUAACGGAGUAGCAGCAAGCAAUCCUGCUCACCCCAAUCAUGCAGAAUUUAUGGAUAUCACGUCAAUCCCAAUGUUUCAGGAGUUCGUGAACCCCUUAAAGAACGAAUUUUGA